AUGUUUACUCCUGUUGAAACGAGCCUAGGAGCAGUCCUGCUCCACCAAGCCACGAGCGUUCUUCUCUUCCAGAAUGGCUGUGUGCUGGGAGCAUCGGGAUUCCUGCGCCGGAUACUCUCUGCGCCGACAAAAGGAAUGGCUUCGUUCUUUGCUGGAAUGGCAAUAAGUCUUUUGCCGUUAAAAAUGUUCCUCCCUGAACUACUCCGAGCAUAUCCUCCAGUCCCAACCACAAUACAAGCCGCUUUAGUGACCGUAGGCGUUGGCGCACUUGUUGGGUGGGGGACUAAAGCUUCCAAUGGCUGCACCUCUGGCCAUAUGCUCUGUGGUCUAUCUCGCCUCAGUGGCCGCUCGAUUGUCGCCGUUUCAACUUUCUUCCCAGUUGCCAUGAUUACACACCAUCUUGCACAUCCAUCUCUUCUCACAGACGUCUGUGAGGCUGGAGUGCCUUGCUACACCCCGACCUAUCCGUCUACUGCAACUAUAAUAUCGCUCGUUGUCUUGACUGCGGGAACCAUCUUAGCUGCUCAAUUUCUACCGCCGCUCAUCGACAGCUUUUCAGAGACAGACUGCAAAUUCAAUCCAGACGCACCGGCACGUCUCGCGACCCAAUUCUUCUCUGGUCUGGAGUUCGCACUUGGCUUACACAUCACUGGAAUGGCAUCUCCCGGCAAAGUGCUUUCCUUCCUCUCCUUCCCCAACCUCAAGGCUUGGGAUCCCUCAAUGGGCCUAGUCAUAAUUUUUGGCAUCUUGCCCAAUUUGAUCGAAAUUCAAGCAAAAGGGUUUACCCAACCUCCGUGCUUCAAUGAGAAGUUCGAGUUGCCAAAGAAGACACUUAAGGAUACCGACUGGAAGUUCGUUCUAGGCGCGGCCAUCUUCGGUUUAGGUUGGGGAUUGACGGGGACGUGUCCUGGUCCUGCGGUACUUCGGAGUUUCGCACAGCCGACUUGGGGUCUGCUGUGGAUGAGCGGAUUCUGGUUAGGAGGACAGGUCUGUGCGGAUUGA